AUGCAUAUUCUCGUACUCGCGGCUAGGAGCCACUUAGAGCGGCGAGGCAAGGAGCACGUCUGCCCAGAGGAAAACACUGAAGGUCCUGAGAUUCGGUAUUUCGUUGGCGAACUUACAUUUCAUCGAUUUGCGACUAUGCUUGCUGGUGGCUGCGCUAUCCUCAGUACUGUUAUUGUUGCUGUAUUGAUUGGAUUCCACGCUUUCAACUACUCGAAUCCGGUGCAGCAACGUCAGGUCAUUCGAAUCGUUUCGCUUAUUCCUUGGGUUGCUAUAUUCUCUUUCCUCAUCGUAUGGCAGGAUGGGAUAGGAGAGUAUCUGGCUCACUCGCUUGAUUUCGGGUGUGCGAUGGCGUUGUCGUCUUUUUUGCUCUUCAUGUGCGAUCUCGUGCUUGCACAUCCAGGGGGGUACGAGUCGUUGUUUGGGGAGGAUGCGAGGGCUAAAGGGGAGCUUAAAGCUCAGAGUCCAGCGUGGUUGAGGAAAACAUGGUACGGUGUGCUCCAGUUCAUUCCUACUAGUAUUAUCCUCUGGGUUGCAACUGCCAUCUCUUUGGCUGCUGGCACAUACUGCAAGCAGUCCAACAGUGUACACUUUGCCCAUAUCUGGAUCACGAUCUUGAACGCGUACACUACUGUGGUCGCUAUAAUCUGCUCGCUUCGGUUCUAUAAGAAGAACAAGACGUUGUUGCAGAAGCACAGUAUCCUCCUCAAGCUUAUGACGUUCAAGGGAGUUCUUGGUCUCAACUUUCUCCAGUCGUUUAUCAUCUCCAUUCUCGCUGGUCACGGCGUACUCAAACCCACCGAGUACAUGACCUUCCAUGAUGUCAACACCGGACUCGCUUCACUCAUCCUCGCCUGCGAAAUGCCCCUCUUCGCUAUCCUCCUCGUCUUCGCCUUCUCCCCGCGCCCAUACAAGGCCCAAGGUGGACCUGCAGCAGGGCCCUUGAAUGCAAUCGUCGAUGCGAUCAACAUCACUGAUUUGCUUUCAGCGUUCUACCGCGGACCCAUGAGACUUGUGAGGGAUCAACAGCGACAGAUUCUAAGGCAGGAUAGUAUGAGGAUACAAGCGGUACCUCAUGCUGUUUAG